CUGAUGCAGCGUUCACGCGCUCCUCGAAACUUUCUCAUAGUUGGAUGUUUGUAAUUUUGACUUGAUAAGCAGUUACAUUAAGGAGUGUGAAUGUGGCAAUAAAUACACAUGAACUGGAAAGAUAAUGUGAGGAUAAAUAGUGAUAACCUUUGUUAUGAGUGCAAAUAAAAAUGAAAAAAUAUAUAACAAUUCAUAAAAAUGACAUGUAGCAUAAUCGAAAAGUCGCAACGAAGUGUUGAUUUGUGUCUUGUCACUUGUUUAUUUGGCACUAUCACAAACUGGUGAAUAUUUUAUCUCGGGUACUUAAAAACAAGCCGUGUUUUCCGCACUGGUAGGCUGUUUAGCACUGGGGGCGGUUCAUGUGCUGCUAACUCGUAUAUACGGUAAAUCAGACGAGCCUGUGAACGCUGCAUCUGAACUGGCUUUUACCAAAACAAAAAGGGCUGUGCAGCUCUGAGAGGUUUAAUCAGGGUGCUUCAGCUUCUUCUCAGUAAAAUCAUUUCACACGGUUUUAACUCGAUUCACUAUGAACUCCAGCUGCUAGCAGGCUAAACAACGGCGUUGGAAAUGGCCAGUCCUGUGCACUUCGUGCUUUUGCUAAGCCUUGCUUUGGGAGAUUGUUCGUCGCUUCUUGAAGAGUGCAUAAGGGGCAGUGGUGUGCAGUACAGAGGAGAGCAGCAGAAAUCUUCCUCAGGCAGUCUCUGUCUGAGCUGGAACAGCACGACCCGGGACUAUGACGUCACACUGCACCCAGACCUGGCCACAGGUGUAGGGGACCAUAACUACUGCCGUAAUCCCGAUGACUCAGACGAGCCCUGGUGCUAUGUUUCCGGAGCAGAUGGACAACUCCAGAGAGAAGCAUGUGCUAUUGAGGCAUGCCAAGAUGAAAACUGCACAGGAGCAGUAACUUGCGCCAUGAGCCCCUCUGGAGAAGGGGAAGCGAUGACUGAGCAGGUGAAGGCGGUGGAUGGCGCCGCUGUGCAGCCGGUGGUGGGGGUCAGUCAGCGGGUCAGGACAGGACCCAAGAAGAAGAAAGACCUAGGGACUAUGGGUUAUGUCUUAGCCAUCAUCAUGAUGGCCAUCAUUAUCAUACUGGGAGUGGGAAUUACACUGGGCUACUUCUACAAGCGGGGUCGAGACCUGAAGAAGAAGCAUGAGCAGCGUGUGUACGAGCGAGAGAUGCACCGCAUCACGCUUCCCCUCUCUGCAUUCGCCAACCCCACGUGCGAGCUGGUGGAUGAGAACACCAUCGUGGUGGCGGCCGAGCCCGCUGAGCAAGCGCCUUCGCAGGGAGUUGUUGAGGGCAGCGACCCCCUCAUUGACUCUGCAGGCACCCCUGGAGCUUGACAGAUCCUGGACAGGACUGGAAAUGAUAAAAUCUUGAGUCUCAGAGGAUCAGCACCACCCCACACACCCUCUCUGUCUGUCUCCUGCUUUUCAGGAGAAGGGAAAGCUCUUCAUGGACUCCUGGCAUCCUUGUCUCCUCAACGGCAGCCAUGUUGAGGAGUGAAGGAUGCACCAAGACACAUCACAGACAAUUAAGGAUGCAAGGACUGGGGGAGGAGUUGUAUAAAAGUGCAUGUCAGGAUUUUUUCAAGGUUAAUCACGUUUAAACCUUUGAGUGUGUUCUUUUGGAACCUAUACAGUCACAGCAUUUCACCAGUUUGCAUGCUGGUUAUAGCAUGGUGGUCCAUAAACAAGCCUUAUGCACAUGAUGGAAAGAAGCUGUGUAUUAUAACAGGGCAAAAUUUAAGUGCUUGGAGGGGAAUUGCGUUCUUUUCCUGAAUUCUGAUGAUCAUGCACUAUGUUAAUUGGAGGAAAAGGGCAGAGCAAGCGCAGGCAUUUUUUCCCCACAGCAUUUAGAGCUACAGUGCCCCUCUGGAGUUGUAGCACUCGGUAUUUGAGUGGCUUUGGGUCAAUUAGCAAAGUGGAUCUAUAUACAUCAGCUUUGACAGGUCUUUUUCAGAAACCUGCACUCAGUUUAUUACAGAAAACAGUGCCCAGGUUUCCACACACAUUGCCUUAAUGUAUUGAAUAUUACUGUAACUCAGACUUUGGGGUUUUUGAAGUGUUACUAUUUUGGGUGUGUACAGAAAUACAUUCCCAAGGAAGCCAGAUGCAAUGGAAGAAAGAUUAGCAAAGCCUGAAAGUGUGUUGUGGAUCAGGUUAGUGAGGUCAACACUAGCUCUGUUCCUCAUGUGGUAUUAGAGAGUAUAGACUGUCCUUGAGCAGAGAUUAGGUGUUAAAUGAUUUAGACUGGCAACAAAAACGGUUUCACACAGCAACUCAAAUCUGAUUUAUAUCUUAAAUUCCAUUUUCAGAUUCUGUAAUGUCUGCUUUGCAAAUGACACUACCAAAUCUGAUUUUUCUGGACUGCAGAUUGUUAGUAACUGUACAGAUGGAGGUCUGCAAACUAGUGCAGGGCAGAAAAGUGAGUUAUCUACCAGAUUUUUGCUCCACCUAUGGGACACUGAUCAUCUGAUGUCUUUUGUACACUUUUCUGGCCACAAGCUUCAGGAUCUUGAAGGUAGCAAUCUGAUUGGCACGCUGCAUUUUCAUUUAUGAUGGAAAAACAAACAUUUGAACACUAUGAUAAAAUGAGCUUUUACACUUGUAGAAAGAUAUAGUCACAAGAUUGAAGAACGUUCACAUCAUCCUGUAUUUAAGAAUUAAUCAGGAAUUUUGUAUGAAAGGUGGCUCUUGGCCACGUUUCAUAACAAAAUAUACCAGACUCUAGCAAGAGAUCAGGCUUGGGAGACUAACACGGUUGAAACCCUUUGGCUAAAUUCAGCUUUCUUUUGUUUCUCUUCGCUGAUCUAAAUCUUCCCUGCUCAGGAUGUCAAAAAAAAAAUCAGAUUUGAGCAGCCUGUUUGCACAAAGGGGUGCGAAUGGAACGGAACGUCCAGCUGUAUUAUCUAGUCAGAAAACAAGUUCAUUUGAUAUUGAUAGAUGAAAGCUGGCUGUGUGACCCAUUCAUUUGAGCAAAUCCAUUAUGGAAAAAAAGCCUGAAAUGUUGGAAACCCUUGACUUUUCCCCUCUUUUUUUUGCCCUCCAAUCCGGGAUGGUAUGUGGAUCUACAUUCCCUGGGGAAUCAUUUAGUUAUUUUGGUUUCUGUUCAUUUUGUUAUGACCUGGAGUCUGUAUUCUUAUUUACUGUCUUCUUGAUGUACCAGAACACACCUGCAUAUAGUUUCGAAAAAUCUUAUUUUUAAUGUUUGGCAGGUUUUCACUGCUAUGAAGAAGAAAAUAAAAAAUGAACUAAUAUGCA